AUGUCCGGCAUUCAGAUUCCUUUGGACGCUUUGACGUCGCGCCUCAACUUGGGCGACCGCCUGCAGGGCCUGCGCUCCGGCACCCUCAGCGGCCGCUUCUCCAACUUGCGUCCUCUCGGCGAGUUCUUCGACUUUAAGCGCCUCUCUAAGCCUGCCAACUUUGCCGAGAUGCAGUCGCGCAUCAACUACAACCUUGGUUACUACUCGAGCAACUAUGCCGUCGUCUUCGCCAUGCUCAGCAUCUACUCCCUCCUCACCAACUGGGUGCUUCUCUUCGACAUCAUCUUUGUCGUAGCUGGCAUGUUCAUCAUUGGCCGUCUUAACGGAGCUGACCUGGAAAUUGGUACCUUCCGUGCUACCACUUCCCAGCUCUACAGCGGUCUCAUCAUUAUUGCUGUGCCAGUGGGCCUGUUCGCGUCGCCCUUUGCGACGCUCCUCUGGCUCAUUGGUGCUUCAGGCGUGACCAUUCUCGGUCACGCCGCAUUCUUGGAAAAGCCCAUCGAUGAGGCUUUUUCCGGGGAGGCGGUCUAG